AUGAAUUUCCUUGGCACAUUUGCAAGCAAGCUUUUAGUGCCGGUGUCGAAAAUUGUGAAUGAUGUGCCAGUGAGCAGAUGCAUCACCAACUGCUCCAUCGGCAAAGGGAAGCAGAAGACCAGCAGUGUCGUGAAAUCUCGCUUUUUCAGGCUCAACUGGGGAAUAUGGAUCAGAACAAAGGCGGGCAGGGACAUGCAUUUAUGGAAAAAGUCUGAAAAGGCUCGCUUGGAAUUGCGCCAACAUGUGUUUGUGAAUGCCACUCAAACAAGAUUGCUGGACAGAAUGGUGUCUCCUUAUUGGCGCCGUCCUCGGUAUUGGGUGGACGACCCUUACCAACCUUACCAAGAGCGAAAUAACUUUUGGUCGACUCGCAAGAAACCCUUACCGUGAUGCAAGUGUUCUUGUUGUGCUUUUUUGUUGUUGUCGUAGUUUUCGAUUUGGCGUUUGAGGAUAUUUCUUGCAACAGUUACGAAAGAGUUGAUUUCUUUCUUUCUUUUUGGGACGUCUGUUGGAAUGUUGACCGUUGAUCCUGUGUUUGUGUCUCAGGUUGUGUCGUAUUGAUGAAAAUAUGUGGAAAACUUUGGUGACUGCGAGUUUCAGACCUUUUCAGGCUAGAAAAGUAUCACUGCUGGCUCCAUGUUGCAGACAGGUGGAUAUUCCAGUGGAUCCAGAGUCCCAUGAACCCACAAUUCCUCCAUAUGAAGAAAAGCCAAACGAGCCUACACAAACAAAGCGAGCAAGAUUAUUGUAUCAGUCAAGGAAGAGAGGAAUGUUGGAAAAUGGCCUCCUGUUGAGCACGUUUGCAGACAAAUAUCUUGGAAAUAUGACAGAAACACAGCUGAAGGACUAUGACAGGCUCAUCAACCUACCCUCUAAUGAUUGGGACAUUUAUUACUGGGCUGUUGGU